AUGUUACCACCGAAGGUUGCAAAAAAGAAAAAGAUUCAAAGCACCAGCACUGUAAAACAAUCGACUACAAGUUGUGGAAAGCAGAAGAAAUCUGCAAUAUUAGGGACAUAUUUCAUGCCGAGAACAACUCCUGGUGCUCAAAAGUCUAUUCAGAAUUGUUGGCAAAGGAAGGAAGCAGUUGAACGGUGUGAUCUUGCUUUAGCGAAGUGGAUGAUUGAUGCAUGUGUGCCAUUUAAUGCUGUUAAUUCUGUGUAUUAUCAGCAUGUCAUAGAUACUGUAACAGCCAUGGGUCCUGGUUAUAAAGGACCAAACUUGCAUGCUAUUCAGUGGUUAUUACUUGGCAAAAGCGAUCAGAAGAGGAGGACUUUAAUUAACUUCUUAGUAUAUUGUCCUAAAGGAACAGUUUUUUUGAAAACCGUGGAUGUAUCAGAUGUCUCAAAGACUGCUAGAUUGUUGUAUCAGUUGUUUAGAGAGGUUGUUUUGUAUGUUGGGGUAGAAAACAUUGUGCAUAUGGUGACUGAUAAUGCUGCAAAUUAUGUUGCUGCUGGCAAGUUAUUGAUGGAAGAAUUUCCUUCAAUAUUUUGGUCUUCUUGUGCUGCUCAUUGCAUCAACCUCAUACUCCAGGACAUUGGUAAAUUGCAGUCGGUUUGUUGUGUUGUUGAGCAUGCUUCUGGUAUCACAAAGUACAUUUAUAAUCAUUGUUAUCCAUUGUAUUUGAUGAGGAAGUUCACUGGAGGAAAAGAAAUACUUCGUCCUGCUCCUACUCGUUUUGCUACCAAUUUCAUUGCAUUGCAAAGCAUUUUAGCUCAUAAAGAUGAGUUGAGAGCUAUGGUGACAUCUAGGGAAUGGGUCUCAUCUGCUUAUGCUAAAGAUAGCAAAGGAAAAAAGUUUGUUGAGAGUGUGCUAGACUCUCUGUUUUGGGAAGAAUGUGCAAUAAUUGUGCGAAUGAGUGAGCCUUUAAUUCGAGUUCUACUAAUGGUUGAUGGUGAUGAUAGACCUUCGAAGAGAUAUUUGUAUGAUGCUAUUCAUCAUGCAAAAGAAGAAAUGAUGAGGAGAUUUCAAAAGAGAAAGGCUAGAGUGAAACCUUUCAUAGACAUUAUCAGUAAUCGAUGGGAUGGACAAUUUUAUAGACAUCUUUAUGCAGCGGCAUUUUGGUUGAAUCCUCGAUUUCAAUAUGAUGCAAAUAUAAUGGAUAAACAUAUGAGCACCAUUUCUGGACUUCUAGAUGUUCUUGAGAAGUAUGCACAUGGAAAUCUACCAUUGCAAAGUAAGAUUACAAGUGAGAUGAAGUUGUUUAGGAAUGCUGAACAUGACUUUGGUCGAGUGUCCGCAAUAAAUAAUCGCACCCUUAUGCCUCCAGUUGAAGAUGACCCGUCAAUCUUGACAGCUGAAGAAACAGAGAGUUUUCACCAAGCUCUAUCAACUAUGACCAUGCAAGAUACUUUAGAUGAUGAUGAUUGUGACGAUGAAGUUUCAAAUGAGCAUGCAGAUGAUUUAUUAGGUGUUGACGAGAUUGGCUCAAUUCCAUCGACAUUUGAUCCAAAUUUUGCUUCUAUGGACACAGAAGAACUUAAUGUGUUCAUUCAACAAAAGUGA